GCAAGUGGCGCACAGUGGCGCGAAAAUUCUCCAACCAAAAUAUUUACUACAAUCAGUCGAAAAAACCGUUCCAGACGCGAUGGAGGAGUUCCCCACGUCUGAAGAUGAGUUCGACCUCAUGUACGGCGACGAUCUCGAGGUGCUGCGCGACCAGGAAGAUCCGGAGAAAAGUCCAAAGAACUCGCGAAAAAGUCUGGAUUUUGCGUCGACAGUUACUACAAAGGACGCACCGUCGCAGGAUUUAUUCGAGGACGAUUUUGCUCCGCUUGAGGAUGAUGAGGGGGCUAACGUACCGAGUUCUGUGGAGCCCUCGAAUGCCAAUAAACGCACAAUUGAGGAGCUGUUUGGCGACAUUGACGACAUUUUGUUUGAAAAUCAGACCAAAAAGAGGCGUACAGAGGGUGAGAAUGCGGAAGAGUUGGCUUUGAUUGAGCAUAUAAUUGAGUUACGGAGACUGGCUAAAGAGAGGGAUGCCCCAGAUGUUGUAAGGAGGGACUACACUGGCGUGCACGAUAGAGACAAGAAUAAUUUGUCGUAUACCGUACCGAGCUACCCUUUCAUAGGGGUAACCAGAGAUGACGGUCAAAGAGUGUAUAUAAGAUUCCAUUCAGAACAAUAUGAGCUGGAAGAACGACAAAGAAUAGUCCAGGAAAUUAGUUCAAAGAGCGACUCCGCCUCAAAUCAAGACUUAUGGGCCCAAGCACAAGAACUUAUUCUCAAACAAGUCGAAACUCAAGACGAACAAUUUUUUAAUCCCACUCCUGACGACAAAGAACUGUGGGUGGAUAUGUACAAACCGCGCAAAUACUUUGAGCUUUUGAGCGAUGAAAGCACCAAUCGAGUGAUGCUGCGUUGGCUCAAACUCUGGGAUAAAGUCGUCUUCAAGCGAAAACCCAAAAUUAAACCCGUCAAACCCAACGAGAAACAACCCAAAAAUAAAAUCGAUUUGUGUACGGAUUUGGACGAGCACGGGAGACCCCAUCAUAAGGUGGCCCUUCUCUGUGGCCCCCCGGGUCUCGGUAAGACCACCCUAGCGCACAUGGUGGCUCGCCACGCUGGCUACAACGUCGUCGAAAUCAACGCUUCCGAUGACCGAAGCAUCGACGCUUUCAAAACGUCCAUAGAAAACGCAACCUCCAUGCGCUCCGUUCUGGACACCGAAAAGCGCCCCAAUUGUCUCAUUUUUGACGAGAUAGACGGAGCCCCUGCAGCUUCCAUCGACUAUUUGGUGAAGUUCGUCACUGGGGCUGCCACCAAAACGAAGAAAAAAUCCCAACUAAAAGAAAAAAACGUGCUAAAGAGGCCGAUUAUUUGUAUUUGUAACGACGUCUACGUCCCGUCGUUGCGCCCCCUGAGACAAGUCGCUUUCGUUGUUAAUUUCCCCCCGACUUCCAACACCCGACUUUCUGAACGCUUGAUGGAAAUAUCGAAGUGGCAGAGGGUCAAGACCGACAUGGGGGCCAUGCUUGCACUGGCCGAAAAGUCCCAAAACGACAUCCGCUCGUGUCUUUCCGUCCUCCACUUUUUCAAGGCUCAGGAUAAACCGGUCACGUUGUCCGACGUGCAUAAAGCCAGCGUUGGGAAAAAAGACACCCAGAAGGGGAUUUUUUCGGUUUGGCAGGACAUUUUUUUGAUUGAGAGGGGCAAAGGUGGGAGUAAGUUUGGGGGUUUGAGGGAGAGGAUGGGUAAAAUUUUGGACGGGGUGAAUUCAUUUGGGGACUACGAGAAGGUGGCGCAGGGGGUUUUUGAGAAUUAUCCACAUAUGAAUUUUAAGAGUGUCGAUAUGAGCGAGACUUGCUUGGCGUUGGAGUGGUUUAGUUAUAGUGAUAUGCUGAAUACGGAGAUUUAUUCCACCCAGAAUUACGAGUUGGCGAGGUAUUUGCAGUACGCGUUCGUGGUUUGGCAUUUUGUUUUUGGGAGCAGGACGUGGCAGAAGUUGCAGUAUCCGAGUGCUGGAUAUGAGGCGAGAAUGAAGCAAAAUAGACAGAAAGCGAUUAUCGGGGAAUUAAUGCGGGGCAUGCAGCCCUCGAUCCGCUCGUACGUCGAUCCGUCGACCUUGAUUUUGGACCUAAUCCCCAUGUUCAUGACGAUUCUUGCACCUUCGUUCCGACCGAUAAGUUUGCACUUGUACACCGAAGAAGAGAAGAAAGUUCUGGAUCGCGUCGUCAAUGUGAUGGUCGACUACAACUUGAACUAUGUGCAGGAACGGACUGCCGAAGGUGCCUAUGUGUAUAAGUUGGAUCCCGGUAUUGACGAAAUCGCCUCUUUCGCCGCCUCCAGGACCCUCUCCUACUCCAACAAGCAGCUCAUCGCCCAGGAGAUCGAGGCCGCGAAGAUGCGCCGCUUCGAGGCCGCCCGGCCACCCCCCGCGCCCGAACAGCCGCCCUCCGCCUCCGCCUUGCCCAACCACCUCCAGACCCUCAAGGCCAAGAGCGUCGCCGCCUCCACGACCCCGGCCCUCGUCAAGGACUUCUUCGGCAGGACCGUCGCCAAGAAAUCUUCUUCAUCAGGAAAACCGCAGGAAUGCAAGAACGACAUCUGGUACCAGUACAAGGAGGGCUACAACAACGCCGUUCGAAAAAAAAUUAAAGUGUCCAGCUUGAAGUGAUGUUUUAUUAAAAUUUUAAUUACUCGAAA